GAGAGAUGGGCAUGUAGAGACUAGCAGGAGGAGCCAUCUUUCAUUUACGCAAAAUCAAUUUCUUCGUUACAACUUUAUAUUUUAAUUCACUUCACUUGGGUUUUUGCUUGUUCUGAAUACAAGAAAUGGCAGAAGGAGUUCUCUUUAAUAUUGUAGAACGGAUCAUUGUAAGUCUUGGCAACCGUGCUUUCCAAGAGAUUGGAUCGAUUUGGGGUGUCCAAGAUGAGCUCAAUAAGCUCAAGAGGACAGUUGUCGGAUUCCAAGCUGUUCUUCUAGACGCUGAGCAAAAGCAAGCCAACAACAGAGAAGUCAAACUAUGGCUGGAAAGCGUAGAAGAUGCAGUUUAUGAAGCCGAUGAUGUGCUGGAUGAGUUUAAUACUGAAGUUCAGCGGAGACUAGUGAUGCAUGGCAAUACUAAGCUGUCAAAGAAGGUGCGCCUUUUCUUUUCUAGCUCAAAUCAACUUGUUUUUGGGUUAGAGAUGAGUCAUAAGAUAAAAGAUAUCAACAAGAGGCUUAGUGAGAUUGCAUCCGGUAGACCCAGUGACUUAAACGAUAGCCGUGAAGAUACAAGAUUUAUAUUGAGAGAGAGGGUCACUCACUCAUUUGUCCCUAAGGAAAAUAUUAUAGGGAGAGAUGAAGAUAAAAUGGCAAUUAUCCAACUUUUGUUGGAUCCCAUCUCAACUGAGAAUGUGUCAACCGUUUCCCUGAUUGGAAUUGGAGGAUUGGGGAAAACUGCCCUUGCCCAACUCAUAUUCAAUGAUGAGGUGAUUCAAAAGCAUUUUGUGUUGAAAAUAUGGAUAUGUGUCUCUAAUAUAUUUGAGUUGGAUAUACUGGCUAAGAAAAUCCUAAAAGCUGACAAGCGUGAUAAAGAGGAGCGUGAUAAGGUGGACCAGCUUAAUAUGGAUCAGCUGCAAGAUGAUCUUAGAAAAAAAGUAGAUGGGAAGAAAUACCUACUUGUGUUGGAUGAUGUGUGGAAUGAGGAUCCACAUGAGUGGCUUAGGUUGAUGGACUUGUUAAGGGGUGGUGGAGAAGGUAGUAGAAUAUUAAUAACCACUCGUACUAAAACCGUUGCGAUGACAUCACACACAACUAAACUGUACACCUUAAGGGGUUUGAAUGAAGAUCAAAGUUGGUCUUUAUUUAAGAAAAUGGCUUUUGAAGAUGGAAAAGAACCAGAGAAUUCAACAAUUAAGGCAGUUGGGAUGGAGGUUGUAAGAAAAUGUCAGGGAGUUCCACUCGCUUUAAGGACGAUAGGUGGGAUGUUGCGCACCAAACAUCAUGAAAUAGAAUGGUUUAAUUUCAAAGAAAGGAAACUUUCAAAAAUAAGUCAAAAAGAAGAUGAUAUUUUACCAACACUUAAACUAAGUUAUGAUGUGCUCCCAUCACAUUUGAAGCAUUGUUUUGCUUAUUGUAGCUUGUUCCCACCUGAUUAUGAUAUCUCUGUACCAAGAUUGAUUAGACUUUGGGUGGCACAAGGGUUCAUUAAGUCAUCCGACGAAAACGAGUGUUUGGAGGAUGUUGCGUAUGAAUAUUACAAGGAAUUGUUGUGCAGAUCGUUUUUUCAAGAAGAAAAAACAGAUGUGUUUGGUAUAACAAGAAGUUGUAAAAUGCACGAUCUCAUGAAUGAACUUGCAAUCUUAGUGUCGGGGGUCGGAAGCGCCGUAGUUGAACCAAACCAAAAGAAUUUUCAUGAAAAGGUUCGUCAUGUAUCUUUAAAUUUUGAUAUUGAUUUGUCGAAAUGGGAAGUGCCAACUUCCUUGCUAAAAGCAUGCAAGAUACGAACUUUCUUUUUCUUUGGAAUUUGAGAAAUAGAGAUGGGUCAUUAUGUGAUUCAUUUUGUGCUACAAUUGUUUCAAAUUUUAAGUCAUUACGUAUGUUGAGUCUCAAUGAUUUAAAAAUUACAACAUUACCUAAUUGUCUUAAAAAGAUGAAACAUUUGAGAUAUCUUGAUCUUAGUGGAAAUUCCAUGGAGAGACUUCCAGAUUGGAUAGUUGGACUUUCGAAUUUGGAAACACUAGAUCUCACUUGGUGUUAUAUGCUUGUGGAAUUGCCUAAAGACAUUAAAAAAAUGAUCAACUUAAGGCAUCUCAUGUUGAGAGGUUGUGAUGGGUUGACUGGAAUGCCACGUGGAAUUGGUGAAUUGAAAGGUGUUCGUACAUUGAAUAGAUUUGUUUUGAGCGAAAGCAAUUGUUUGGGGAGGGGCGGUAGUGCUGGUCUUGCUGAGCUGGGGACCCUUAACGAAUUAAGGGAAAAGUUACUCAUAAAGAAUUUGAGGCAUGUGGUGUCAGAAUCAAAUGUUGGUACACCUCUCAAGGACAAACAGCAUCUCCAUUUGUUGGAUUUAAGGUGGAAAUAUGAAGAUGUAAAGGGAGUUGAUGAGGAGGAUAUUAUAAAGUCAAUGGAAGUAUUGCAACCCCAUUCUAAUCUAAAGCAGUUGUCCGUGUGGUAUUAUGGUGGUGUGAGGUUUGCGAGUUGGUUUUCUUCUCUCAUUAAUAUUGUUAAUCUCACAUUCUGGAAUUGUAACAGAUGCCAACAUCUUCCACCCUUGGAUCAUUUGCCUUCCCUUAAGAAACUUGAACUUAUAAGUUUGGAGAAGUUGGAGUACAUAUUACUAUCAGAGAAAGAGAGCAUUAAUAGUAUGAGUGAUGAGAUGAUGAGGAUCUCAUUCUUUCCCUCCCUGGAGACACUCGAGGUAAGAAAUUGCCCUGUUCUGAAGGGAUGGUGGAGGGCGCACGCUCGUAACACUGCUUCUUCAUCAACGGAAAAUCUGUCGUUGCCAUCUUUUGCCUCUCUUUCUACAUUGUGUAUUUAUGAGUGUCCUAAUCUAACUUCCAUGCCUCUGUAUCCAAAUGUGGUUAAAAUGGUACUCACUGGGAACAGCUGGAAGGUUGUUGAUUCCUUGUUUGUUAGAGGAGCAUCUGAUAUUACACAUGAUGUUGGUGUUGAUGUUUCUGCCUCUUCUUCUUCCCCUCAUCUCUCCAAAUUAACACAUCUGACACUCCAUGGAUUUGAGGAUUUGGCAUCACUGCCAGAAGGGAUUCGUGGACUCCCCUGUUUAAAUACAUUGGUGAUUGAGAAAUGCCCCAUGUUAAGCGAAAGAUGCAAAAAAGAAACAGGUGAGGACUGGCUUAAGAUUGCUCACAUCCCAUCCGUUGAAAUUGAUAAAUCUUAAGCAUUUUAUUUUUCUUUCCAGAUAGCAUACCAUGUGGAUCAAUGAUUUCGGUAUGCAUUCAUUACCCACUCAAUUUAAUUUAUUUAUUUAUUUUUAGUUCGUCAACCUUUUGGAUUCAAUAUGUAAGGGCCAUGUUGAUUGCUUGGAGUGGUUGUAUAUGAUUUUACUUUUGAUCGUUGGGGUUUAAGUACUAUAUCAUCUCGUUGUAUAUUUUUUCUUUAAAUAAUAUAAUAUGGGCGUGAGGGUCUAGCCCCCCAGCUUCGACUGGGUUCCAGCCCUCUUUAAAU